CACGUCUCUAUACCUCUGCUCUCUCGUUCGCCGUGCACCGCGGGUGAGGGUGCAGAGAUUCGGCUUUGAACAAUUACAUAAAAGCAACACAGUCGCACUAAACGAAGCUGUCGGACGGUUCACUUUAAGCCCAUUCAUCAGGAGAGCGACUUGUACGGAGAGGCAAAGGGAAGGAAGGAACAGAGGGACCGGUAGGCAAAAGUGAUCGUCUCUCCCGUUCUGUCGCUUUCAUCUCGUCCUGUCGCAUUUCGUCAUGGGGAAGUCGCUCUUUCGGAGUCCGCCGAUGCCACAUGCAUGACUUCAGGAUCCAGGCACGCUCAGACCGGGGUCUUGGAUACAAGCCACACUUGGACUUGUCGGUGUGAAUUAGCAGUUUGUUUCUGACAUCGACAAUUAGACAAGAAGGUGAUGUGGUUUAUGAAUAGCCUCGUUUGUGCGGCCGUAAAGCUGAUAGUUUGAGUGGACGAUUUAAGGAUUUGUCUGCAGCGGAUACCUGUUCUGAUUGCAUUUGUUUAUUUUUAUUUUUUGUUUUAGGACCAUGGAAUUAACAGGCAAAGCGGUUGUCGAUUUUUUGCAUGCAUGUACCUUUCGAUAAAGGACGCGCUGCUUUUUUCCCCUCUUGCUUCAAAUGUGUUAACUUUCUCCUUUUUCAUGUUAAUUUGUUUUUGCAUUAAUUGAGUGGCGAUAUUUUGAGACUGGCAUGCUUUUGAAGCCAACCGUACCGGGACUGUGCGCGAUGUUGCAGACGAUCUAUGAGACAGAAUCCUGCUUCUCUUCAGACAGCACAUCCAGCAGAGAGCGACCCGUGGAGCUGCUUUCUCAGUCCAGAAGCACCAGCAUGCCCAGCACCGUGGAUGUGAAGACCUUGCUCCCCUCUGGGAUGCAGAGUCCGGUGGGAGGUGGGGGAGAUCAGGGCGGAGGCAGCGGAGGGCCGGUGGACCUGCGUACGGACCCGCGUCUGAGUGCGCUAAGCACGGUGGACCCGGCGCUGAGGGAAAAACAACUACAGCACGAGCUGCUCUUGCUCAAACAACAACAAGAGCUUCAGAAACAGCUAUUGUUCGCCGAGUUCCAGAAGCAGCACGAGGUUUUGACGCGCCAACAUGAAGUGCAGCUACAGGAACAUCUGAAGCAACAGCAGGAGAUCCUUGCCGCAAAGCGUCAGCAGGAGCUGGACCAGAAGAGGAAGUUGGAACAGCAGCGUCACGAAGAGAUGGAGAAGCAGAGACUGGAGCAACAGCUCAUCAUGCUACGGAACAAAGAGAAGGGUAAAGAGAGUGCUAUUGCCAGUACUGAGGUCAAACUGAAGCUGCAGGAGUUCCUGUUGAGCAAAAAGGAACCCGGCCCCGGUGGACUCAACCAUUCCUUCCCCCAGAAGUGCUGGGGGGCUCACCACGCAUCCCUGGAGCAGAGCUCCCCUACACAGAGCAACACCUACAAACUCCCCCCACUGUUAGGGUCCUAUGAAGGCAAGGAUGACUUCCCUCUCCGUAAGACCGCCUCUGAGCCCAAUCUGAAGGUACGUUCACGGUUAAAACAGAAGGUGGCUGAGAGGAGGAGCAGCCCACUUCUUAGACGGAAAGAUGGUACUGUGAUCAGCACCUUCAAGAAAAGGGCGAUUGAGAUCUCAGUGUCCUCUAUGUGCAGCAGUGCUCCUGGCUCGGGUCCCAGUUCUCCGAACAGCUCUAACUGUGCCAUUGCCGAGAAUGGCUCCAGCGGAUCCGUCCCAAACAUCCACGCUGAGCAGUUGCGUUCUCUGCAUCAGUCUUUGACUGGAGAUGGGACACCGAGUCCCCUUAGCCUCUACACCUCUCCAUCUCUGCCCAACAUCUCUCUUGGACUGCCUGCCAACGCGCACAUCACGGCUCCUCAGAAAUUCAGUGCCCAGCAGGAGGCAGAGCGGCAGACAAUCCAGAGUUUGUGUCAAGGUGGGGCACUGACAGGGAAGUUCAUCAGCACAUCGUCCUUGCCGACGUGCCUUCCCACCGGGGCACCCCAUGACCCCGAGCCCCCUUCCGCUUCUAAUAGCCACAGUAGCCAUUCCUCGCUGCUCCAGCACGUCCUACUGCUGGAGCAGGCUCGUCAACAGAGCGCACUUCUCGCAGUUCCCAUGUAUGGGCAAUCUCCGCUGGUAACGGGUGAGCGGGUGUCCAACAGCAUGCGUACAGUGAAUAAGUUGCCUAGGCACCGGCCACUGAGCCGUACCCAAUCAGCGCCCCUGCCGCAAACACCACAGGCCCUGCAGCACCUCGUAAUGCAACAGCAGCACCAGCACUUCCUUGAGAAACAGAAACACUACCAGCUAAAUAAGAUCCUCUCCAAAGGGGCGGAGCUUCCAAGGCAGCCUCCCACGCACCCCGAGGAGACGGAGGAGGAGCUUACAGAAACCGCAGAGAUGCAGGACGAGCGAGGGGAGGGCCUUGAUCACGUAAGGGAGGGGUUACAGAAAGAGAGCUCCGGCGAGACCACACCCCCUUCGGAACGUCUGGUUCCGUUGAAGGGAGAAAGCACAGAAAGUGACUUGGAGGAAGAUGAUGAUGAAGACGAAGCCAUUGAACUGAGGGAAUGUGAUGAAGAGGGCGCCCCCUAUGGCCAGUAUUUGGACCAGCAGCAUGUGCAACAACUGAAUGUGUUCCAGACCUCUCUGUCCAUCACGGGAAUGCCCCACAGACCCCUGGGAAGGGCACAGUCGUCCCCCGUCACUUCUAGUCUUAAAGGAGCGCCCCUGAAUGAGGUGCCCAUUAAGCAUCUCUUCACGACAGGGCUGGUGUAUGACACCUUCAUGCUAAAGCACCAGUGCAUAUGUGGGAACACCAACAUCCAUCCCGAACACGCCGGUCGCAUUCAGAGUGUUUGGUCCAGGCUACAGGAAACAGGGCUGCUUGGUCGCUGUGAGAGGAUCAGGGGAAGGAAGGCCACACUAGAUGAAAUCCAAACUGUGCAUUCUGAGUACCACACGCUGCUCUACGGCACCAGUCCACUGAACCGACAGAAGCUGGACAGCAAGAAACUUUUAGGUCCAAUAAGUCAGAAAAUGUACGCUGUCCUACCGUGUGGAGGCAUUGGGGUGGACAGUGACACAGUGUGGAACGAGAUGCACUCGUCAGGAGCUGUCCGGAUGGCGGUGGGCUGCGUCAUUGAGCUGGCAUUCAAAGUUGCUGCUGGAGAACUGAAGAACGGGUUUGCAGUGGUCCGUCCUCCUGGUCAUCACGCGGAGGAAUCAACCGCCAUGGGUUUCUGUUUCUUCAACUCCGUGGCCAUCACUGCCAAACUCCUGCAGCAGAAACUCGGGGUGGGCAAGAUCCUGAUCAUAGACUGGGAUAUUCACCAUGGAAACGGGACCCAGCAGGCCUUCUAUAAUGACCCCAAUGUGUUGUACAUUUCCCUGCACCGUUAUGACGAUGGCAACUUUUUCCCAGGCAGCGGAGCUCCUGAGGAGGUGGGUGUAGGUCCAGGAGAGGGCUUUAAUGUCAACAUUGCCUGGACAGGUGGAGUGGAGCCACCUAUGGGUGAUGUGGAGUAUCUAACUGCCUUCAGAACGGUGGUGAUGCCCAUAGCCAAUGAGUUCUCCCCGGAUGUAGUGCUAGUGUCAGCUGGUUUUGACGCUGUGGAGGGCCAUCAGUCCCCCCUGGGUGGAUAUAAUGUCACCGCCAAAUGUUUCGGCCAUCUCACUAAGCAGUUGAUAAAGUUGGCUGGUGGCCGUGUGGUUUUGGCGCUGGAAGGAGGUCACGACCUCACUGCCAUCUGUGACGCAUCCGAGUCCUGUGUGGCUGCAUUGCUUGGAGACGAGUUGGAUCCUCUACCACUGGCAGUGCUUCAACAGAAACCAUGUCCAAAAGCCACAGCCUCUUUAGAGAGGGUCAUUGAGAUUCAGAGUAAACACUGGAUGUCUCUGCAGAGGUUGGCUCCUACAGUGGGUCAGUCUCUACUGGACGCUCAGAGACGGGAGAAGGACGAGGCAGACACUUUGACCGCCAUGGCCUCUCUCACUGUGGACAACGAUCAGCAAAAGACCUCCACAGAAACCAGCAGAUCAGCAGAGGAGCCGAUGGAGGAGGAGCCUGUGUUGUAGAAGAGCGAGUACAGUGCAUCACUGCUCCAACCUUCUUGUCCACGCGUGCUUGGCACUAGUCACGCCUCAUGUUCCUCCUCCCAGCUCUUUGAUUGGUUCCCUCGGUCCUUCACUCAUUUCCAGGUGCUUGACUGACACAUUCACAGCCCACCCACUUUCGCUUUUCUGAGGUUAAAGCAUAGCAAACUGUUGCCGAAAGGGGACGACAAGGCAUGAUGAGUAAUUACAGGACCACUCCAGUGAGGGUUGCGCAGCUGGACCGGCCGAACAAUGGAGUGCUCUUCAGAGAGAGGCCAUUGAUUUCAUUUUCUCAUUGUAUUGGUCUGAGGACGUAAAGAAGAAAAUGCAAAAAAAAAAAUCUAAAGAAGAGG